AUGGGUAAAUAUGAUCACAUCAUAGAACUGACUGGCACGGACAUAUAUCCCAGCUGGCAAAGGGCUGUAGAAUUAGCCUUAGCCGGGGAAGGAUUAUGGAAUCACUGUAGCGAUGGCACCGACCCCAACGACAUAGCCGAAUACACCAGUGUAAUGCCCAAAGUCACCACGCCAGGACAGCCCACCGCCACAGAAUUGGCCUCUAUAAAGGAAUGGGUCAAGGAGGACGCUCAAGCAAAAGCCAUCAUCAGCAGAUGCCUUUCCUCCAUUGUUCAAAACAUGCUAGGCGAAAAGCUAAUGGCUCAUCAGCAGUGGGACGCGUUGUUGAAAUGA